CCUCAUUAGUAAAGACGAAAUGAUGGCUUACUUCCUGAGAGCGAAAUCCCAGCUGCACUGUAAGAUGGGACCAGGAUUUGUCCACAAUUUUCAGGAGAUGACCUAUCUCAAGCCGACCUUCUGUGAACACUGUGCAGGAUUUCUCUGGGGCUUAAUCAAGCAAGGAUACAAAUGCAAAGACUGUGGAGCCAAUUGUCACAAACAGUGCAAAGAUCUCCUGGUCCUGGCCUGCAGGAGACUUGCCCGGGCGCCCUCCCUGGGCAGUGGUCAUGGGUCGCUGCCUGGAAGCCCCUCGCUGCCCCCAGUGCAGGACGAGGUGUUCGAGUUUCCCGGGGUCGCUGCAGGACACCGGGACCUGGACAGCAGGGCCAUCACACUGGUCACCGGCUCUUCUCGCAAGAUCUCUGUGCGUCUGCAGCGGGCCACCACCAGCCAGGCCACCCAGACUGAGCCCGUCUGGUCAGAGGCUGGCUGGGGGGACUCGGGGUCCCACACCUUCCCCAAAAUGAAGUCCAAGUUCCACAACAAAGCAGCCAAAGACAAAGGCUUUGCCAAGUGGGAAAACGAGAAGCCCAGGGUGCAGGCAGGUGUGGACGUCAUGGACCGAGGCACCGAGUUCGAACUUGACCAGGACGAAGGCGAGGAGGCCAGACAGAACGGUGAGGAUGGCUGACGUGGGGCCGGGAGACCAAAGGUGUCACAUGGGCUUUUGGAAGGAGAAAGGGAGACA